UCAUCCACUUUGUGCUCCGUCUUUUUAUCUGACAAGCAAAAAUCUUCAGAUUUCUGAUUGACAAGAAUAUUUAGUUUUAAAUUACGAUUCAUUUAGCAGACGAUCAGAGAGUAAGAGCAAGGAUCUAGAGAGGAGGAGACAAGGAAGUGUAAACAAGCAGCUUUAAGUCUGAGAGGACACACAGGUGCUGACAGGAAGUGACCUGAGGUGCUGACAGGAAGUGACAGAAGUGUAGACCUGGAUCAGAGAGUUAAAGUAAGGAGGAGACGUUUGUAAGCGAGCAGCAGAUGGGAGCAUCUCCUCGGGCAGGUCAGCUGGGUGACGUGCUGGUUUGUGGAGGUUGCAGACGAGUCGCUCUGCUGCGUGUUUGAUGGUUCAUGUUGGGAACAUGUCUGAUAACUGCUGUAGAAUAAAAAAACAUCUGAAUGUGUUUCAGGGCGUUUUUCACUUUCACAUAAACUCAAAACAUCAAGUCAACUCCACGUUUUAAAAGUCCAGGUAAGGUCUUCAACUUGGACAGACUGUGGUCUCCAUGUUGAAGAGGAAACAGAGACGGGUUAAUGAAACCUGACUCAGUGUUUACACGAUGUAUGAUUGAGAUAUUUACUCGAUAAGGAAGUGACUUCAUAACGUGUUGAAAUAUUCUUAUUUACAUUCAGAGCUCGUGUUUGGUUUCAGGCACUCGCUGACAGAUAAGGACGUUUCAGACAGGAUGUGGUCACAUGUCCGACCUGUUGUCAACAGAGAAGACCCUGAUCGCCUCCCUGAAGGACUACAUCCGAGCGGAGGAGAGCAAACUGGAGCAGAUAAAAGAAUGGGCAGACAGAGUGGAUGCCCUCUCUGCAGCAGCCUCUCAGGACCCUGAAGGUUUCCUGGGUCAUCCUGUGAACGCCUUCAAACUGAUGAGGAGACUCAACAAAGAGUGGGCGGAGCUAGGGAACUUUGUGCUCACUGACGUGUCGGGCGCGUUCAUCUCUAACCUCACCAUCCAGAGGCAGCACUUCCCGAACGACGACGACCAGAACGGCGCCGCCGAGGCGCUCAUGAGGCUUCUGGACACCUACCAGCUGGACACGGAAACCAUCUCCACGGGGAGGCUGCCAGGCUCCUCCCCCGACUCCUCCGUGCACAGCGUGCUGACCGUCGACGACUGCUUCGACCUCGGGAAGGUGGCGUACGCGAAGGCAGACUACUACCAGUCGGAGCUGUGGAUGGUCCAGGCGCUGAAGCAGAUGGACGAGGGCGAGACGGCCAAGACCGCCGACGCUGUCACCAUCCUGGACUACCUGAGCUACUCGGUGUACCAGCAGGGGGCGGUGGUGAGGGCGUUCCAGUUCACCAAGAGGCUGCUGGAGCUUGACCCGACUCACCAGCGAGCCAACGGGAACCUGAAGUACUUUGAGGACGUGCUGGGGAAACGGAUGAAGGUGAAGGAGAGGAGGCGGGGCAAGGCGGAGGGGGGGCGGAGGGAAGGCCGGCCCGUGGAUCACCUGCUGGAGAGGGACAAGUACGAAGAGCUGUGUCGCGGCGAGGGCCUCAAGAUGACUCCUCGCAGACAGAGCCGCCUCUUCUGCCGUUACUACGACAACAACCGCCAUCCGAAAUACGUCAUAGGUCCGGUGAAGCAGGAGGACGAGUGGGACCGCCCGCGCAUCGUCAGAUAUCACGACAUCGUGUCGGACAGAGAGAUGGAGAAGGUGAAAGAGCUCGCCAAACCCAG